UCUUUUCCUCGCCUCUCCUCGCCCCUCGCUCCAAGCUUCUCUCUCCUCGCCUCCGCCCGCCGUCUACCGCUCGCCGCCGCCGCUGAUUCGCCGCCGGAGCCUCGGAGUAGAGCGCGCCCUGUCUAGUUUCUUGAGCAGGAUCUUAAACUACUAAGUAUGUCUGUCUCAAAUGGGAAGUGGAUCGACGGGCUCCAGUUCUCUUCACUAUUCUGGCCCCCGCCACACGAUGCACAGCAGAAACAGGCACAAACUUUGGCCUACGUUGAGUACUUUGGUCAGUUUACAUCUGACAGUGAGCAAUUCCCGGAGGAUGUAGCUCAGCUCAUCCAAAGUUACUAUCCAUCGAAAGAAAAACGCUUGGUAGAUGAAGUAUUAGCAACCUUUGUUCUCCAUCACCCCGAGCAUGGUCAUGCAGUUGUACAUCCAAUUCUUUCACGCAUCAUAGAUGGGUCCCUGAGUUAUGAUAGACAUGGUUCCCCAUUCAAUUCUUUCAUCUCUUUAUUUACCCAAACUGCUGAGAAAGAGUAUUCAGAGCAGUGGGCUUUGGCCUGUGGAGAAAUUCUUAGAGUUCUUACUCACUACAAUAGGCCAAUCUUCAAAGUUGCGGAAUGUAACGACACCUCCGACCAGGCCACAACAAGUUAUUCCUUACAGGACAAAGCUAAUAGCUCUCCAGAUAAUGAACCUGAACGGAAGCCAUUGAGGCCAUUAUCUCCUUGGAUCACAGACAUUUUGUUAAAUGCACCUUUGGGCAUUAGAAGUGACUAUUUUAGAUGGUGUGGUGGAGUCAUGGGAAAAUACGCAGCUGGUGGAGAACUGAAGCCUCCAACAACUGCUUACAGCCGGGGAGCUGGUAAGCAUCCACAACUUAUGCCAUCCACCCCUAGAUGGGCUGUUGCCAAUGGAGCUGGAGUCAUCUUAAGUGUCUGUGACGAGGAAGUAGCUCGUUACGAGACAGCAAACUUAACCGCAGCAGCUGUUCCUGCGCUUCUGCUACCUCCACCGACAACGCCCUUGGAUGAGCAUUUGGUGGCAGGGUUGCCCCCUCUUGAACCAUACGCUCGCUUGUUUCACAGAUACUACGCAAUUGCUACUCCAAGUGCUACACAGAGGUUGCUCUUUGGUCUUCUUGAAGCACCGCCUUCAUGGGCUCCAGAUGCACUUGAUGCAGCAGUACAGCUUGUUGAACUCCUUCGAGCAGCCGAAGAUUAUGCUACUGGCAUGCGGCUUCCGAAAAAUUGGCUGCAUCUUCAUUUCUUGCGUGCAAUCGGAACUGCAAUGUCUAUGAGAGCUGGCAUGGCUGCUGAUACGGCCGCUGCCUUGCUAUUUCGUAUACUAUCCCAACCAACGUUGCUUUUUCCUCCACUAAGACAUGCUGAAGGAGUUGUGCAGCAUGAACCACUGGGUGGCUAUGUAUCAUCAUACAAAAGACAGCUGGAGAUUCCUGCAUCUGAAACCACUAUUGAUGCUACUGCGCAAGGCAUUGCUUCCUUGCUGUGCGCUCAUGGUCCUGAUGUUGAGUGGAGAAUAUGUACCAUCUGGGAAGCUGCCUAUGGUUUGUUACCUCUGAAUUCAUCAGCAGUCGAUUUGCCUGAAAUUGUUGUAGCUGCUCCGCUUCAGCCACCUACUUUAUCAUGGAGCCUAUACUUGCCAUUGUUGAAAGUAUUUGAGUAUCUACCUCGUGGAAGUCCAUCUGAAGCAUGCCUUAUGAGAAUAUUUGUGGCAACGGUUGAAGCUAUACUCAGAAGAACUUUCCCUUCGGAAACCUCUGAACCAUCCAAAAAACCAAGAAGUCCAUCUAAGAGCCUUGCUGUUGCUGAACUCCGUACGAUGAUACAUUCACUCUUUGUUGAAUCAUGUGCCUCAAUGAACCUUGCUUCGCGGUUGUUGUUUGUAGUAUUAACUGUCUCAGUCAGUCAUCAAGCUCUGCCAGGGGGCAGCAAAAGACCUACAGGCAGUGAGAACCAUUCUUCUGAGGAGUCCACUGAGGACUCAAAAUUAACCAAUGGAAGAAACAGAUGCAAGAAGAAACAAGGGCCUGUCGGUACCUUUGACUCGUAUGUGCUGGCUGCUGUCUGUGCUUUAUCUUGUGAGCUUCAGCUUUUCCCUAUACUUUGCAAGAAUGUUACAAAGUCAAACAUAAAAGACUCUAUAAAGAUUACCAUGCCUGGAAAAACCAACGGGAUCAGUAAUGAGCUACACAAUAGCGUUAACUCAGCGGUUCUCCAUACUCGUAGAAUUCUUGGCAUCCUGGAAGCUCUUUUCUCCUUGAAGCCAUCAUCAGUUGGUACCUCCUGGAGCUAUAGUUCAAAUGAGAUAGUUGCAGCAGCAAUGGUUGCUGCUCAUGUUUCUGAGUUAUUCCGUCGGUCGAGGCCAUGCCUAAAUGCACUAUCUGCACUGAAGCGAUGUAAGUGGGAUGCUGAGAUUUCUACCAGGGCAUCAUCGCUUUACCAUCUGAUCGACUUGCAUGGUAAAACUGUGUCAUCCAUCGUGAACAAAGCUGAGCCUUUGGAAGCUCACCUGAACCUUACAGCAGUAAAGAAAGAUGAUCAACACCACAUUGAGGAAAGCAAUACCAGCUCAUCGGAUUAUGGCAACUUGGAAAAGAAGAGUAAGAAAAAUGGUUUUUCAAGACCACUCAUGAAAUGUGCAGAACAGGCUAGGAGAAAUGGUAACGUUGCUAGUACAUCGGGGAAAGCUACUGCAACUUUACAGGCGGAAGCAUCUGAUUUGGCAAACUUCCUUACCAUGGACAGGAACGGGGGUUAUGGUGGUUCUCAAACUCUCCUAAGAACUGUAAUGUCAGAAAAGCAGGAACUAUGCUUUUCUGUUGUCUCAUUGCUGUGGCAUAAGCUUAUUGCAUCUCCCGAAACACAGAUGUCUGCAGAGAGUACAUCAGCUCAUCAGGGUUGGAGAAAGGUUGCAGAUGCGCUUUGUGAUGUUGUUUCAGCUUCACCGGCCAAGGCUUCAACUGCUAUUGUCCUGCAGGCUGAGAAGGACUUGCAGCCCUGGAUUGCUCGAGAUGAUGAGCAAGGUCAGAAGAUGUGGAGAGUCAACCAGCGAAUAGUGAAACUGAUAGCUGAGCUUAUGAGGAACCAUGAUAGCCCAGAAGCACUGAUAAUUCUUGCGAGCGCUUCAGACCUUCUGCUCCGUGCCACGGAUGGGAUGCUUGUUGAUGGUGAAGCUUGUACCUUGCCUCAAUUGGAGCUUCUGGAAGUAACCGCCAGAGCCAUUCAUCUCAUCGUUGAAUGGGGAGAUCCAGGUGUAGCAGUUGCUGAUGGCCUCUCGAAUCUGCUGAAGUGCCGGCUAUCACCUACCAUCCGAUGCCUUUCCCACCCUAGUGCACAUGUACGGGCGCUCAGCAUGUCUGUCCUUCGCGACAUAUUGAACAGUGGACCAAUAAGUUCCACCAAGAUAAUUCAAGGAGAGCAGCGGAACGGCAUCCAAAGCCCAAGUUACCGGUGCGCGGCAGCAAGUAUGACCAACUGGCAAGCGGACGUCGAGAGAUGCAUAGAGUGGGAAGCCCACAACCGUCAGGCCACCGGGAUGACGCUUGCCUUUCUCACUGCAGCGGCUAACGAACUCGGAUGCCCCCUUCCUUGCUGACACAGCCAUAUUUGAAGCUGACAUCGGCGACACUUGACAGUUAACGCGAGCAGUUGCUGCAUGGUCAGCGAGCAGGAUGGCUAAUCCCUUGCUCAAGGAUGACUUCCCAGUCUGCCUUCAUUAUGUGAUUUAAAACUGAUGUAUAUUAGUUGACCCAGUCAUACGGAGCUUGCUCCCACUGUGUGAUUUAACUUUUAAUCUGACGUUAGAUGUUCAAGCAUAUUGAACUGCUUGUGCUGUAACUUGUAUUUCUGUAGCCGAAAGAUGUACACUAUGGUAAAUGAAGACAUAUCAUUUUUCGUCAUGUAAGAUACAUGCUUA